AUGGAUGGAGGAUCAGAUAUUUUGAUGGUUGAGACAAUCUUUGAUACCCUGAACGCCAAGGCUGCCCUGUAUGCCAUUGGGGAGUACCUUGAAUUCACUGGUCUUGAUAUUCCAGUGUUUGUUUCUGGAACUCUGGUGGAUCAGUCUGGAAGGACUUUGUCUGGUCAAACUGGUGAGGCCUUUUAUGUCUCUAUCAGGCACGCCAAGCCCAUGUGUGUUGGUUUGAACUGUGCGCUUGGAGCCACCCACAUGAUUCCAUUUGUGGAGAGGCUGUCCAAGUGUGUGGAGUGUUUCAUGCAUGUUUACUCCAAUGCUGGUCUACCCAAUGCAAUGGGAGGCUACGAUGAGACCCCCGAAGAUAUGGCCAGGUGCAAUGAAGUCUUCUUCAAGAAUGGCUGGAUCAAUAUGGUUGGUGGUUUGUGGAUCCACCCCUCCCCACAUCAAGGCCAUUCGUGA